AUAGCUUACACGGGUUACUUAAGUACAGUUAAGUGAAUAGGUGUUCCUGCUGAAUAUAAAAAGUGGCCCUUUGUCGUCUUCUAUAUCAGUCUCGGGCUUCAGUGUAAACCAUUGUUUCAUACUUGACAUUUCACUAUAAUUGUCUGAAAUGGUUUCAUUGCUUUUGAUAUGGGGAAUAGUGGUGAUUGUGUGCUUAAUGCUAUGGCUUGUUCUGGGAAUAAGGAGGAGACGUCCAAGUGAGCCACCCUUGGAGAAUGGGCUACUGCCAUAUCUUGGCUGUGCUUUGCAGUUUGGCGCUAAUCCUCUCAACUUCCUCAGGACAAGACAAAAAAAAUAUGGUCCCAUUUUUACUUGCAAAUUGGCUGGAAAAUAUUUUCAUUUUCUCACUGACCCCUUUUCAUAUCAUACAGUGAUGGGACAUGGAAGACACCUGGACUGGAAAAAGUUCCAUUUUGCAAUCUCUGCAAAGGCAUUUGGACAUGGUAGUAUUGACCCAGAUGAUGGAAACACCACUGAGAAUAUACACCAGACCUUCACCAGAAACCUGCAGGGUAAUGCCUUAACCUUUCUCGCUGAGUCCAUGAUGGAAAACCUGCACUAUGUCAUGGUAGAACCAAAUGCAUCGAGAAUUGACUCCAGUGACUGGGUAACUGAUAAACUUUAUGAAUUCUGCUGCCGUGUGAUGUUUGAAGCUGGGUUUCUAACACUGUUUGGCACAGAUUUUAACCCAGUGGGCCAUGACAAGGGCCUUUCUGCCAACCAAGAAGCCCACAGAGCAUUUAUCCUCCGUACCCUGGAGAACUUCAAGGCAUUUGACCAAGUCUUUCCGGCCCUUGUGGCAGGCCUACCAAUCCACCUGUUCAAAAGUGCCCACAGUGCACGAGAGAAGCUGGCUGAUGCUCUGCUCCACAAGACCCUUAAAAAAAGACACAACAUCUCUGAGCUCAUUUCCCUCCGCAUGUUCUUCAAUGAUACUCUCUCCACUUUUGAUGAAAAGGAAAAAGCAAAGACCCACCUUGCAGUUCUGUGGGCUUCACAGUCUAACACAAUACCUGCAACCUUUUGGACUUCAUUCUAUCUUAUUAGGAAUCCAAAAGCAAUGGAAGCAGCUAUUAAAGAGGUGCAAAGGGUGUUAGAAAAUGCUGAAAUAAAGAUAGACUCGACCAGGAAACCUAUUUCUUUGAACCGGAAACAGCUGGAUGACAUGCCUGUAUUAGAUAGUGUCAUCAAGGAAGCAAUAAGGCUCUCCAGUGCAUCUAUGACAGUCAGAGUUGCUAAGGAAGAUUUCGUUUUGCAAUUAGGCAGCAACUCCUACAAUAUCCGCAAAGAUGACACCAUAGCUCUUUAUCCCCAGCUGUUGCAUUUUGAUCCAGAAAUCUACUCUGAUCCCCUGACAUACAAGUAUGACCGCUAUCUUGAGGAAAAUGGAAAGGAAAAGACCACUUUUUACCACAAUGGUCGCAAAUUAAAAUAUUAUUAUAUGCCUUUUGGAAUGGGACUUGCAAAAUGUCCUGGAAGAUUACUGGCCGUUCAUGAAAUUAAACAAUUUUUGACUUUAUUGCUAUCUUAUUUUGAAGUGGAGCUUCUUGACAAGAAUGUGACAUGCCCGUCUUUAGACCAAUCGCGGGUCGGACUUGGUGUUUUACAACCUGCAAGUGACAUUGAUUUCAAGUACAGAUUAAAAUGCCUAUGAAUGUGUGGAAGAAAAAUGUUUUUUGUGUAUUUGGUCCCCACAGGGGUAAAAAAUUUCAUGCAAUAAUGGCAAUGGAAUGCAUUAGGAGGAAUAAUGAGGGCUGGGAGAAACUAUGACUGUUGCUUAAUAUGGUUUGUAUAGAAAAUGUUUCCUUUUUUUAUAGGCUCAAAAAUAACAAGAAAUACUAUACAUAUCUACUCUAUGUGCUACUGCUGGGUCUCCAGUGGAGCUUUUGAGUCAUAGUAGGGGUGUCAAUGUGAGGAAUGUGUGUUCGGAGAACACAGUUUUGUGCUGGCUAGUAAGCACAAGAGAGAUGGAAGAGACCAGCAAAUCCACCUGUAUAUCUCGCUACUGAUUUUGAGGCCUGUGAUUUUUGUCAGGAUUGAGAAGGGGAGAGAAAAAGCAUCUGGGCCUUAUUGACACCAUCUUUUUAUUUUGUGUUUGCUUUUUUGUCCAGUUGCUUCUAUAGACAAGGGGUGAGAUGCUUCUUGCUGUGGAUACCUGUAGGCAACCAUUCAUAAGUAUUAAAAAAUACUGCUCAGGAUGAGAGCCUGAAUGGAUUGCAGAAUAGGGAUGAAAGGUCUUAAGUUGCUCAAAAGUCCCAGCAUGAGUCUGUUGUCACAGAGUGGAGCCCUCCUUGCGUGAGAGGCAGAGGGGGAGUGAGUGGGCUGCAACAGGUGAAAAAUGGGGUGGGAACUGUUGCUUAAACCAAUGGUUGUUUAAUCUGUUUGAAUGUUCUGUGUUGUUGUUUUUUACCAUAGGUAUUUGGUUAAAUAUAUGUAUGUAUGUAUUGCAAGUAAGUAAAUAAGUGACCAAGCUUCUGAGCUGACGGAGAGGUUACUUUAUCUCUUUCUGUAGAAGCUGGUUGCAUAAUGCCGCAAACAAAACUUGCAGACAAACAGACAAAGAGGGGUUAUGAUUUAGCGUCAUCAGGGCAGCUGGUACAAAACUUGUCCUGAUCUUUGGAAGAGGAUAAAAUGCUUAUGCAGGCAGGGAUGGUGCUUAUUUAAGGCUACUAUA